AGGUGGAGGCGGAGACGAGCUAACGGAGGAGCCAUGGGGGAGGACGCUCUUCCUCCCAAGCCGACGAAGUCCCAGCCGGCGUCCUCGUCCUCGGCCGGGGCCGGCGGAUCCCGGGAGGGCGGCGCGGCAGGCUCGCUGCAGGAGGCCGAGUGGUACUGGGGAGACAUAUCCAGGGAGGAGGUGAACGAGAAGCUCAGAGACACGCCGGACGGGACAUUCCUGGUCCGGGACGCCUCCACCAAGGUGCAGGGAGAAUACACGCUCACGCUGAGGAAAGGAGGCAACAACAAGCUGAUCAAGAUCUACCACCGAGACGGGCAGUUCGGCUUCUCGGAGCCGCUGGCGUUCGGCUCGGUGCUGGAGCUCAUCGGCCACUACCGCCACGAGUCCCUGGCCCAGUACAACACCAAGCUGGACGUCAGGCUUACGUUCCCCGUGUCCCGCCUCCAGCAGGACCAGCUGGUGAAGGAGGACAACAUCGACGCUGUGGGGAAGAAGCUGCAGGAAUAUCACGGCCAGUACCAGGAGAAGAGCCGGGAGUACGACGGGCUCUACGAGGAAUACACCAAGACGUCCCAGGAGAUCCAGAUGAAGCGGACGGCCAUCGAGGCGUUCAACGAGACCAUCAAGAUCUUCGAGGAGCAGUGCCACACGCAGGAGUGCUACGACUCGGCCCGCGGCGACCGCGUCCACCACGACGGCGUUGCCGGGGGCGACAGGGAGGUGGAGAGGAUCUCCAUCAACUACGACAAGCUCAAGUCCCGGCUCGGAGAGAUCCACGACAGCAAGCAGCGUCUGGAGGACGACCUGAAGGCCCAGGCCGCGCAGAACCGGGACACGGACCGGAGGAUGAACAGCCUGAAGCCCGACCUCAUCCAGCUCCGCAAGGUCCGGGACCAGUACCUGCUGUGGCUGACCCACAAAGGAGUCCGGCAGAGACGGAUCAACGAGUGGCUGGGAAUAAAACCGGAGAAUCCCGACGAGAUCUGUCCGGCCAGCGAGGAAGACGAGAACCUUCCUCACCACGACGAGAAGAGCUGGUUUGUGGGGGAUCUGAACCGGGUCCAGGCGGAGGAGCUGCUGGUGGGGAAGCCGGACGGAGCGUUCCUGAUCCGGGAGAGCAGCAAGAAGGGCUGCUACGCCUGCUCCGUCGUGGUGGAGGGCGAGGUGAAACACUGCGUCAUCUUCAGCUCUCCGCGCGGCUACGGCUUUGCCGAGCCGUUCAACCUGUACGGCAGCCUGCGGGAGCUGGUGCUGCACUACCGGCAGACGUCGCUGCUGCAGCACAACGACGCCCUGAACGUCCGGCUGGCCCACCCGGUGCACGCCCCGGUCCACGCCCCGGCGCCCCCCCGCAGAUAAGCCCCGCCCCCGCGCAGAUAAGCCCCGCCCCCCUCAGGUGGACGCAAAGGGGGCGGGGCCGAGUUUACAACCCCGUCCUGGGACGGAGAGAGCCGGCCUGGCAGCCGUC